AUGUGCGAGGUGCGGAGGCCAGCAGCGGGAGGGCGGUCACCGGCGCGGUGGCGUUCGCCAGCGUUCAAUUAUUUAUUCGCCGCGCGUGCCGCGGGCCGUAGGUCGCUCGUGGAGUGCACACGGGGCCCGCGUCUCCCCGUGCAAAAUUAUGCGGAUGUCGCGAACUGUCUCGUGGUAGUUGCUAGUGGAAAAAAGAGUGAGUGGGGAUUGCCUUUGAGGUGGUGCAGAGGUAUGGAGUCGGCGCCGCGGUUCUCAGCUGUCGUCGAUCGAUACCUGUGA